AUGUCACGUCAGCAACCAGCGCCACCAGGCGGGUCUAGAAAGAUCUCCUUCAAUGUCUCUGAUCAAUAUGACAUUCAAGAUGUCGUGGGAGAGGGUGCCUACGGCGUUGUGUGUUCUGCGCUCCACAAACCUUCAGGCCAGAAGGUAGCAAUCAAGAAGAUCACUCCUUUCGACCACUCCAUGUUUUGCCUCCGUACAUUACGAGAGAUGAAGCUGCUACGCUAUUUCAACCACGAAAACAUCAUCUCUAUCCUUGAUAUUCAGAAGCCAAGGAACUACGAUACAUUUUCAGAAGUCUACCUAAUUCAGGAACUUAUGGAGACAGAUAUGCACCGUGUCAUUCGCACUCAAGACUUGUCCGAUGAUCAUUGCCAGUACUUUAUCUAUCAGACGCUACGUGCUUUGAAGGCCAUGCAUUCAGCGAACGUCCUCCACCGCGAUCUCAAGCCUUCCAAUCUUUUGCUCAAUGCCAACUGCGAUUUGAAGGUCUGUGACUUUGGACUUGCCAGAUCUGCAGCAUCUACCGAAGACAACUCAGGAUUCAUGACUGAAUACGUCGCAACGAGAUGGUACCGCGCGCCCGAGAUCAUGCUUACGUUCAAAGAAUACACGAAAGCCAUUGAUGUAUGGAGUGUGGGAUGCAUUUUGGCGGAGAUGUUGAAUGGCAAGCCUCUGUUCCCCGGAAAGGAUUACCACCACCAGUUGACACUCAUUCUCGACGUUCUCGGCACCCCAACCAUGGAGGACUACUAUGGGAUCAAGUCUCGGCGUGCGCGGGAAUACAUCCGCUCUCUGCCAUUCAAGAAGAAGAUCCCAAUGAAAGCGAUGUUCCCCAAGACCUCCGAUCUUGCCUUGGAUCUGUUAGAGAAGCUUCUCGCAUUCAAUCCUGUGAAGAGAAUCACCGUCGAAGAGGCGUUGCGGCACCCUUACUUGGAGCCAUAUCACGAUCCAGAAGAUGAGCCAACCGCAGAAGCCAUCCCCGAGGAGUUCUUCGACUUCGACAAGAACAAAGAUACGCUAACCAAGGAGGAAUUGAAACAGUUGAUCUUUGCAGAAAUCAUGAGAUAG